UUUGCAGUGAAAUAUGGCUGCUUUUUGCAAGAGACUCUGGGUGUUCCAGGCGAACUUCUGGGUGAUAGCCCUGGUCACAGGUGGGAUCUCUGCAGCUGGGAACAGCACUGGGAACAACACGAGCACCACGUGCCCUAAGUCCCAGCAGCACCUGCGCUACGUGGUGGCCAAGAGGAACAUGCCCGUCCACUUCAUCUGUUAUUCCCACGAGCCCCAGCACAUGCAGUGGUACAAAAAAGUGGAGGACAGCAACCAACUCUACAAGCUGGAUGGCAGCACCUCUCGCUUCAGCAUAGAGUGGAAGGACAAUUUCAUCAACUUCACCAUCCUCAGGAUCACCUACGAGGACAAUGGCAUCUAUGUGUGCGACAGUAAAAACCUCACUGAGGAGAAGAAGCAGGCACAUGCAUGCGGGACUGAGCUCAGAGUCGUGGGUAACAGCAACAUCCAGCAGGUCCAGAGCAGGAACACUCUGAAAGACGCUAUCAUCAUCAUCCAGUCCAUCCUGCUGGUCAUCUUCAUCAGCGUCCCCAUGCUUCUCUUCCUAGAUAAAGGUGAAGGCAAGGACAGCCCUGAGGAGGAUCACACCUAUGAGGGCCUGGAAGUAGAACAGAUGGCCACCUACGAGGAUAUUACUCCUUUCCGGGAUGUGAAGGCCAAAUGGACAGUUGGGGAGCAUCCGGGCGAAGAGUGAGGGGCCCUGCAUCCACCACCACGCAGGCAUCCAUGGCACCGCUCCCCACUGCACCCGCCGUCAACCUGCUGGCCCCCAAGGAGGCGGGACCACGGCUCCUGCCCUGGGCUGUGGCUAUCACAGGUGCCUUGAUCCCGGGCUGGGAUCAUGGACUGAGUCACUGGCGCGCAGCAUGCAGUCUCUGGUAGCCUUGCGCAGAGCUUGAGCCCUGCUGCCCAUCGAUGCUUGCUUUGCCACAUCCACAGCCAUGUCUGGACCAUGCCUGCUAAGACUGUCCUGCCCCAGGUGUUGCUCUUAGCCCAGUUGCUUAACCCCUAAUGCAUACGUAGAAAUUAAUAGCCAACUGCAGUCCCCCAGAAACAAACAGCCCCAAAACCUCAGCCAGCCUCACAUCAACACGCUGAGCUCCUGAGUGUUUAAUGCAACAAGUGUACCAGACUGGGCAAUGGGGCUCUUCCGGCCCUGAUGUCCCCAAGGAGAGGUCCACACAAGGGCCAGGCAUGAUCUCUCCUUGUGCUGCAUGGACCCUCCUGAGCUGCAACACCCCACUGCAGCCCCUCCCCACACUCCUGGCAGAAGAGUUGAGGUGAGCAGCACCCCUUGGGUUGGCACGGUGGGUGUUAUGCCAGGUAGACUUUGGACCACCUUUAGGUGUUCAAGUUAGCUGUCAAGUCAUAGCUGUGUCCAGCAGGCCAAGGUGGCAGUUGUCUUAGAUGGAGGAUCCUCCAGAAGUGCCUCUUUCUAUCCAAGGGCAACAGAAAAGGCUGGGAGACAGCUCUGGCCUGGAGAUUCUUGUGCUGCACUUGCUCUUCUCCAGACAAGAGCUGGCCUGCGUCAUGAGGAGGUCCCCCUUGGUGAGGGCCAUGUGUGACCUCAGGACCUAUGUAAAGGUUGUAAACUGUGGGACACAAAUGUCCAACUGCUUUUUGAAGUCCUAAUAAAGGUAAUAGGUAAAUUCACAUCCUCCUUCCUCUUGCUCUAGGCAUCCUAGCUCCAUCCUGCCGUGCCAGUCUUGGUGUGUCCCAUAAUCCUGGUGCCAGUGACAACGGGACGCUCUGGGCUCUGGUAGCAGGAAUAAGGAGCAGUAAGAGCAAUUUGUUCCCUAGAAGAGAAGCUGCAUGUGUUUUGGAUACACCAGGAAAGGACCACCCUGACCCUCGGCAGGGACAUAGAGGUGUCAGCCUCCCUGGCCAGCCUGGCUGAGGGGCACACACUGUCUUUGCUCGGUGCAGAUGUUUGCAGGAACAGAGCAAACUCUCAAAAGAUUAACAUACUUAGUGGGCAUGGAGCUGCUACAGGGUCCCAUGGCUAUGCAUCUGGGGACAAGAGACCUGGUAUAAAAAAACUUGACUACUGCUGUCUUGCAGGAUUGACUAGGAAAAAAAAGAAAUCACCUAAAUUGGGCAUGACAUUAAGCAGCUGUGAGUGAACAGCUCAGACUGCAUGCAUGUGUCCCUUGUUAUGGAAAGGAUCCUAGCCUGAAUGUGUAGUUUUCUUUGAUUUACCUGACCCACCUGAAAAGCCAUACGGCUUGUGUGGCUGAAACUAUCUCCUUUUUAAGAGCAAUGAGUAAUCCUGCCCUGGCAGAGCCCAGGGCCUCUGGGCUAUAUCUAUGUUUGGGACCCCCAAGGAGAAGCAGAUAGGACUGCUCCACUUCCUGAAACAGCCAGCAAAUAAGUGAGGACGAAAAUAGGAGGAAACAGGGCUUUUCAGCAGGGAACAGGAUGGUUCUUGUUUACUGGU